ACAGUACAGCAUACAGUACAGCAUACAGUACAGCAUACAGUACAGCAUACAGUACAGCAUACAUACAGCAUAGAUACAGCAUACAUACAGCAUACAUACAGCAUAGAAACAGCAUACAGUACAGCAUAGAUACAGCAUACAUACAGCAUAGAUACAGCAUAGAUACAGCAUACAGUACAGCAUACAGUACAGCAUACAUACAGCAUAGAUACAGCAUAGAUACAGCAUAGAUACAGCAUACAGUACAGCAUACAUACAGCAUAGAUACAGCAUACAUACAGCAUAGAUACAGCAUACAUACAGCAUAGAUACAGCAUACAGUACAGCAUACAUACAGCAUACAUACAGCAUAGAUACAGCAUACAGUACAGCAUACAGUACAGCAUACAUACAGCAUAGAUACAGCAUACAGUACAGCAUACAUACAGCAUAGAUACAGCAUACAUACAGCAUAGAUACAGCAUACAUACAGCAUAGAUACAGCAUACAGUACAGCAUACAGUACAGCAUACAGUACAGCAUACAUACAGCAUAGAUACAGCAUAGAUACAGCAUAGAUACAGCAUACAUACAGCAUAGAUACAGCAUACAGUACAGCAUACAGUACAGCAUACAGUACAGCAUACAGUACAGCAUACAGUACAGCAUACAUACAGCAUACAUACAGCAUACUGUGACGGCCCUGCAUUUGUCUGAAGCGUCUCAGUGCUUCUCCUUCCAACCUACCUGGCACCCCUACAAACAACAACCUCAAGUUAAAACUGUUACAUAGAAAAUGGCACCCCGGAUGGGACCUCUUUCAACAUUUUGAGAAAUAACCAAAGCAAAUAUUUUUGUGCGGAUUGUGUGUUAUUUAAAACAAUGGAUUAAACUCAAGCAGAUGUGCUCAUCCAUAUCAUUACCUGUCAAUGGGAAUACACAGGGUCAUUCUGACCCUCGAGCUGACAAUACACAUCAUAAUGUGAAUGGAGAUAAUGGAGUUGAUUUGGGCCAGAGCUCUGGGAAUCUGAAUGCUCGGUCUGGACCACAGGCCACAGGAAGUCUAACUAGUCUAACUUAAUAAGUCUAACUAGUUACUCACUUAUUGACAUGGAUCUGUGUGAAAGUACUGAGCUAGCCCUCCCUCUGACACCCAACCUUCCUCCAUUAUUCUAGUUUAUCUCCAGAGGUUGUAGUCUUACAACUUCAAGGUGACAUCCUUGAUAUUCGUCGGACUCAACAACAUCUCCAAAAUCUCGCAUGUCUCACCACUACUUCCUGGGCUGACUUUGAGGCCAACUUUUCAUAUGCAUUUCUGUCUGAGGACUACACAGGUGAGCUGGCAGACAGAGUCAGGAAUCGAGUGCAAAGAGAGAGAACGAGUAUCCGUGACUGCAUACGGUUACCACUCCCUGUGCAGACGGUGGCAACCUGGCAUUAAAGAGUAAGAGGUCAUUAAGUUGAUCUUGAAGAACAUCCAACCCUCUACUAGCCAGUCAACUCAGAGAAAGAGUCACCACUGUCGAUGGACUGGUUCGCCUGGGACAGCAGUUCCAGAAGGACAGAGAAUGCCAACAGCAAUAUGAACAGAGAAAGAGUCAUCACUGUCAAUGGACUGGUUUGCCUGGGACAGCAGUUCCAGAAGGACAGAGAAUGCCAACAGCAACAUGAACAGAGAACGAAACAGACACCCAAACAGUUACCCAAGCCAGACCAUCAACAACAGCCAGAGUCUCCAGCCAAGACCCCUCCCAUGUUCUGUUGGAGAUGUGGCCAAAAGGGACAUUCUUCAGCUACAUGUCCAAAUCAGUAUCAAGUAAACCCUUCCAGAAACCACAAAUCACAACAGGCCAACACGCCUAACACACUUCGCAGGAACGACCAUCCUACUCUGGGUGCUUUGACCAAAGCUGAAACCCUAAGAGUCACUGCCUACGCCCCCCCCCCGCCGACAUCCCCUUCCUUUCAGUUAAUACCGCACCAACUGGUGUUACCCCUGUCCAUACAGGCUGUGAGAAGAGCUCAGCUGGAACAGCCAGAGAAGUUAAGGCUGUUGGAACAGCUGCAGAAUAAUGCUGAUGUAUUUACUUCAAGGCAGGGAAGCACCGGGCUCCUGAAGCACAAAAUAUUCCUUACACAGGAAGUGCCGAUCAAGUAGAAGCCAUAUUGUUUGUCCCCAGCGAAUCUAAUCAUCCAAAAGGGACUCAUUAAUGAUAUGUUGAUAUAAUUGAACAUUCCUCCUCUCCCUGGACUGCUCCUAUUGUCCUCAUCCCCCAAAAAGACUGGUGGUCUUAGAUUUUGUGUGGACUAUAGGAAGACCAACAAUGUCUCCCAGACUGAUGCCUAUCCUCUUCCCACCAUCCAAGAGAUCCUGGAGUCAUUGUCUGGUGCUGUUGUGUUCACUACCCUUGACCUCAAUAGUGGCUAUUGGCAGGUUGAGAUGGACCAGGAAAGCAAGGACAAGACUGCUUUUGUGCUGAGGGCCUGUUUUCCUUUUAAAGUGAUGCCUUUUGGAUUAAAGAAUGCACCUGCCACUUUCCAAAGACUGAUGGAGAUUGCGUUAGCUGAGCUCAAAGGGAAGAUCUGUUUUGUCUACCUGGACAAUAUAAUUAUCUACUCCCAGACCAGGGAACAACACUUUCAAGAUCUUCAAGCAGUGUUGGACAAGCUAAGAGAAGCUGGUCUGACAUUCAACAUGAGGAAGAGCAACUUCUGCCAAACCUCCCUGAAGUUCCUUGGCCAUAUUGUAUCUUUUGAACGCAUUCAUGUGGAUCCUGAAAAGACAAAGGCUGUAGAAGACUUCCCUGUGCCAACCACCCACAAGGCCCUUCAACGGUUACUUGGGAUGGCUGGAUGGUACCAUCGGUUUGUGUUAAACUUCUCCCAGGUGGCAGAACCACUCAACGCAUUAAAGCGAAAAGGAGUGAAAUUCCGAUGGACGGCAGAGUUCCAGACAUCCUUUGAAACCCUGAAACGACACCAUGUCAACACCUCCCAUUUUGGGUCAUCCCAACUUUGACUGCCCUUUUGUUGUUUACACUGAUGCAAGUGAUGUUGUACUUGGUGCUGUCCUAGUCCAACAGACUGGACUUGGCAUUGAAGAAGUGCUAGCGUCCGCCAGUCGGACAUUGAAUGGAGCAGAACAGAACUACUCCACAACCGAGCAAGAGUGCCUUGCAGUUGUCUGGGAUUUGGAAAAGUGGAGGUACUACCUGGAGGGAAGACACUUCACUGUGGUCACUGACCAUUCCUUCCUUUGUGUGGGCAUUGUCUUCAAACCUUGAAGACAAUGGUUGCUUUAUAUGUAGGGACCCAGCACAAACGCUGGGACAAGCACCACGAGUUUCGAUUUGCCCUGAAUUCUGCUGUGCAAGAGUCCACUGGAGUCACCCCUGCAGAGCUGAACCUAAGUCGUCCCCCUCCGAGGACCCUUGGAUAUGGUGCUACAGCCCCAGCAGGUUACUCCAGACUCUGCCUGCUAUGACCAGGUAGUCCAUCUCCACGACUUGAGAGCUCUUGUCUCAAAGAACAUGAUCCAGGCCCGACUCAAGCAGAAGGGAAAUUAUGAUAAAAAGAGACGAGACAUGCAGUUCCAGGUUAGUGAUCGGGUGUGGCUUCGCUCUCAUCAUUACUCAAAAGCUGAACAACUCUUCUUGGCCAAGCUCGCUCCUAAAUGGCAAGGACCAUAUAGGAUUGUGGAGCAGAUGGGCCCUUUGAACUACCGAGUGGUGAAAGAAGACACUGGUGAAGAUAUGCGCGUUGUCCAUGUCUCACGCCGUAAGGCCUGUUACCCCUCAGCUGAGGAGCUUGAGCGCCACAAAGUCAUGAAUAUUUUUGUAGAGGAAAGUGAUAAAGACUUUUCUCGGUUUCCCAGACCAAGAUGUGCCUUCCAGGGCAAUGGUUGGCUUUUUCCAGGAGAGGGGGUUUAUGACGGCCCUGAAUUUGUCUGAACUGUCUCAAUGCUUCUCUUACCAAUAGGACGUUUCCCCUUUAAUGCCCUAUUAAAUAGCCAGCAUCAGCUGCUCAAAAGUGGGGUUGUCAUGGUGGUGCGAAUGAGGAUGUGUUCAACCCUCAGUUCCGAAGCUUCUUCACUCCGUUUGUUUUGUUGUAUUUAAAAGUGUGCUUUGUAGCCUUGUCUUAAGUUUAACCAGGAUCGGAUCCACUAAUUUCUUCCUUUGGACACAUCUCAUUUGGUCUCCGUUGUUUUGACCUUAUUUCAUUUGUAUGAGUGUGAUUUAUACCGUGUUGAUUUGUGGUCAGUUGUAGUUGAAGACAACUAAGAUUUGAUAGUGUUUAUGGUUGUAUGUUAAAAGAGUUUUUGAUAUUUUGAUUGUAUGAUUGAGACUGGGUUUACGCUACACUUUUAUGAACGGACAAACAUUGCGUGAUUAAGGUCACUUGAGUUCACUGAACUUUUUACUGGGCUGGACUAUUUUAGGCCUGAGGCACGGGACUUUUCUGGAGGAACCAGAGCUCAUUGUUUGUUAUAUUAUUGUGUGUGUGUGAUCAUUUAUAUUGGUAAUACAACCCCUGCAAAAUAAGUUGUUUUGAAGUUAUUUCCAAUGUUUUAAGGGUUUAUGAAAAGUGAAUUUCCAGACUGACUUUUACAUGAGUCCUUUGUGUUGGUGUGGACUUGGCGGACCAGAAGGGACUCAUUCCCUCCCAAACCAAAAGGAGAAAUCUAUUUUCUCUGGUAGGCACAACCUACCUGGCACCCCAACAAACAAUAACCACAAGACAAAACUGUUACAAUACAUACAGCAUACAUACACAGUACAGCAUGCAUACACAGUACAGCAUACAUACAUAGUACAGCAUGCAUACACAGUACAGCAUACAUACAUAGUACAGCAUACAUACAUAGUACAGCAUACAUACAUAGUACAGCAUACAUACACAGUACAGCAUACAUACAUAGUACAGCAUACAUACACAGUACAGCAUACAUACAUAGUACAGCAUACAUACAUAGUACAGCAUACAUACACAGUACAGCAUACAUACACAGUACAGCAUACAUACACAGUACAGCAUGCAUACACAGUACAGCAUACAUACAUAGUACAGCAUGCAUACACAGUACAGCAUGCAUACACAGUACAGCAUACAUACAUAGUACAGCAUACAUACACAGUACAGCAUACAUACAUAGUACAGCAUACAUACAUAGUACAGCAUGCAUACACAGUACAGCAUGCAUACACAGUACAGCAUACAUACAUAGUACAGCAUGCAUACACAGUACAGCAUGCAUACACAGUACAGCAUACAUACAUAGUACAGCAUACAUACACAGUACAGCAUACAUACAUAGUACAGCAUACAUACAUAGUACAGCAUACAUACAUAGUACAGCAUACAUACAUAGUACAGCAUGCAUACACAGUACAGCAUGCAUACACAGUACAGCAUGCAUACACAGUACAGCAUACAUACACAGUACAGCAUACAUACAUACAACAAUGUUGCACCAUUUGCCACAAAUUAACCUUACAGAGAUGGUUCACUCGAAAAUCACAGUUUGUCAGUACUUUUUUUCCUAUUGCAAAUUAGUAUGAUUCUUUUGAUUCAUGCAUGUUCCUGAUUCAUGUAGUAGGAUCCUCACACCAGAGGGUGAGAGAUAGGUAAUACAUUCAUGUAGUAGGAUACUCACACCAGAGGGUGAGAGAUAGGUAAUACAUUCAUGUAGUAGGAUACUCACACCAGAGGGUGAGGGAUAGGUAAUACAUUCAUGUAGUAGGAUACUCACACCAGAGGGUGAGAGAUAGGUAAUACAUUCAUGUAGUAGGAUACUCACACCAGAGGGUGAGAUAGGUAAUACAUUCAUGUAGUAGGAUACUCACACCAGAGGGUGAGAUAGGUAAUACAUUCAUGUAGUAGGAUACUCACACCAGAGGGUGAGGGAUAGGUAAUACAUCCUGAUUCAUGUAGUAGGAUACACACACCAGAGGGUGAGAGAUAGGUAAUACAUCCUGAUUCAUGUAGUAGGAUACACACACCAGAGAGUGAGAGAUAGGUAAUACAUCCUGAUUCAUGUAGUAGGAUACACACACCAGAGGGUGAGAGAUAGGUAAUACAUUCAUGUAGUAGGAUACUCACACCAGAGGGUGAGAGAUAGGUAAUACAUCCUGAUUCAUGUAGUAGGAUACUCACACCAGAGGGUGAGGGAUAGGUAAUGCAUUCAUGUAGUAGGAUACUCACACCAGAGGGUGAGAGAUAGGUAAUGCAUUCAUGUAGUAGGAUACUCACACCAGAGGGUGAGGGAUAGGUAAUACAUUCAUGUAGUAGGAUACACACACCAGAGGGUGAGAGAUAGGUAAUACAUUCAUGUAGUAGGAUACUCACACCAGAGGGUGAGGGAUAGGUAAUACAUUCAUGUAGUAGGAUACACACACCAGAGGGUGAGAGAUAGGUAAUACAUUCAUGUAGUAGGAUACUCACACCAGAGGGUGAGAGAUAGGUAAUACAUUCAUGUAGUAGGAUACUCACACCAGAGGGUGAGAGAUAGGUACUACAUCCUGAUUCAUGUAGUAGGAUACACACACCAGAGGGGGUGAGAUAGGUAAUACAUCCUGAUUCAUGUAGUAGGAUACUCACACCAGAGGGUGAGAGAUAGGUAAUACAUUCAUGUAGUAGGAUACACACACCAGAGGGUGAGAGAUAGGUAAUGCAUUCAUGUAGUAGGAUACUCACACCAGAGGGUGAGAGAUAGGUAAUACAUUCAUGUAGUAGGAUACUCACACCAGAGGGUGAGAGAUAGGUAAUACAUUCAUGUAGUAGGAUACUCACACCAGAGGGUGAGAGAUAGGUAAUACAUUCAUGUAGUAGGAUACACACACCAGAGGGUGAGAGAUAGGUAAUGCAUUCAUGUAGUAGGAUACUCACACCAGAGGGUGAGAGAUAGGUAAUACAUUCAUGUAGUAGGAUACUCACACCAGAGGGUGAGGGAUAGGUAAUACAUUCAUGUAGUAGGAUACUCACACCAGAGGGUGAGAGAUAGGUAAUACAUUCAUGUAGUAGGAUACUCACACCAGAGGGUGAGAGAUAGGUAAUACAUUCAUGUAGUAGGAUACUCACACCAGAGGGUGAGGGAUAGGUAAUACAUUCAUGUAGUAGGAUACUCACACCAGAGGGUGAG